AUGCUGAGCAAGUUCAUGGGUCCCCGUUACGGGCAGCUCCUGCGCAACUGGUGAGUGGGGGGGGGGGAGGGGGUUGGGGAGGGGGGAAGGUCGGAGAAGGGGCGGGGCCUCGCUUUGGCCCCUCCCAGCCCUGCUCCAAAAGGGUGGGGGGGUCACCCCCCCAAAAAAUUAACCCCCCCUCCACUUCCAAAAUUAAGCCCCAUCCCUAGUUGGACACACGUGGACAGGCUUGCUGGGAAAUUCAGGGCCAGAAAUGACAUUUUUUACCCCCCUCCGCCACCCAGUUAUCCUGCGGAACUCACUGCCACAGGAAGCAACCGUGGUCAGCUUUGGAAGAGGGUUCCUGAGAAUUCCCCUGCCUGUAAUGGUAUAAAAGAACAUGGAAAAAUUGGAUUUUCAAUACGUAAAAACUCAGUGCUAUAAUAUAUUAAGAAUAAAGAUCAGGAUAAAAUAAGGAGGGAAAGGAAUUGCUGAACUAAUAAAUUGAACUGGAAUACAAAAAAGGGAGGCAUGAGGAGGUCCGGGAAACAAGUAAAUGAAAGAUAAGUGAUGAAAAGAUGGAAUUGUUUUUUUGUAUUUUGUAUUUUUCUUUUCUCUAUUUUUUUUUUAAUUCUUAUCUAUGUAACCUUUUUUUUUGAAACUUUAAUAAAUAUCUUAAAAAAAAAAAAAUAGAAUUCCCCUGCCUGUUCCCCAAAGCAGGGUGGUGGGGCAGGGCAGGUGGUAAAGGAUAGGAUAAAGGUAAAGGGACCCCUGACCAUUAGGUCCAGUUGCGGCCGACUCUGGGGUUGCGGCGCUCAUCUCGCUUUACUGGCCGAGGGAGCCGGCGUACAGCUUCCGGGUCAUGUGGCCAGCAGGACUAAGCCGCUUCUGGCGAACCAGAGCAGCGCACGGAAACGCCAUUUACCUUCCCGCCGGAGUGGUACCUAUUUAUCUACUUGCACUACUGGCAGCCCGGUAGACCUGAAGGAGCGUCUCCACCCCCAUCGUUAUGCCUGGACACCAGGGUCCAUCUCCCGAGGGUCUUCUGGCGGUUCCCUCCCUGCGAGAAGUGAGAUGACAGGGAACCAGGCAGAGGGCCUUCUCGGUGGUGGCGCCCGCCCUGUAGAACGCCCUUCCAGUAGACGUCAAGGAAAUAAACAGCUUUCUGACUUUUAGAAGACACCUCAAAGCUGCCCUAUUUAGGGAAGCUUUUAAUGACUGAUGUUUUAAUGUAUUUUUAAUCUUUUGUUGGGAGCCGCCCAGAGUGGCUGGGAAACCCAGCCAGAUGGGCAGGGUAGAAAUAAUAAAUGAUGAUGAUGAUGCCGGAAUUUGAACCCAAGACCCUCUGCAUGCAUAGCAGAUUUUAGUGUAUUUUUAAUUUUCUGUUGGAAGCCGCCCAGAGUGGCUGGGGAGACAUAGCCAGAUGGGUGGCGUAGAAAUAAUAAAUUACUACUACUACUACUCCUUGGAGGCUUUCGAAACAGAGGUUAGGUGGCCGUCUAUGUCAGGGAUGCUUUGGCCAAGAUUGCUGGUGGGGUUGGACUGGAUAACCUUUGGGGGUCCCUCCCAACACCCCUACGGUUCCGAAAGCUCAAUGCGAACCGCACGUGCUUCCGCCUCAAACAUGCCCAGAGGUACGCGAGCGCCGCUUCUGUUCUCUCUCCUUCCCGCAGGGUGCCUACGUUGAGCACAUGGGGGACCGUGGGCGCCGUGGGGCUGGUCUGGGCCACGGACUGGAGGCUGAUCCUCGACUACGUGCCUUGGAUCAACGGCAAGUUUAAGAAGGACGACUGAGUGGAAACGAGCCCUUCUCUGCAAGAAGGUGGGUCCUCUUUGGAUAAUGAACCUGGGCUUUUUGCGGCUGCGACUCUUGUGCUUUGGAAUCGGUUUGGGGAGGGGGGGAAGCACGACUCCCCUUGGCAAAUACCUUAUUUUUUGUAUGGCAAAACCAUACAAACCCUAUCAGAAAAAAUACCGUAUUUUUUGCUCUAUAAGACGCACCAGACCACGAGACGCACCUAGUUUUUGGAGGAGGAAAACAAGAAAAAAAAAAUCUGAAUCUCAGAAGCCAGAACAGCAAGAGGGAUCGCUGCGCAGCGAAAGCAGCAAUUCCUCUUGCUGUUCUGGCUUCUGGGAUAGCUGCGCAGCCUGCACUCACUCCAUAAGACACACACACAUUUCCCCUUACUUUUUAGGAGGGGAAAAGUGAGUCUUAUAGAGCAAAAAAUACGGUAUCCCGUCCCCCACCUUGGGACUGGGAAGCGUCCCUGCAAAUGGGGUUCUGCAGUGCCGGGAACGACUCCCCUUUUGUGUUUUAAUGUUAUAUUUUAGUCUUGUUUUUAAAGCUAUAUUUCAAUCAAUUGUUUUUAUAUUUGGUGUUAGCCGCCCUGAGCCCGGUCUUGGCCGGGGAGGGCGGGGUAUAAAUUAAAUUUAUUAUUAUUACUGUGUUUUUUGCUCUAUAAGACUCACUUUUUCCCUCCUGAAAAGUAAGGGGAAAUGUGUGUGCGUCUUAUGGAGCGAAUGCAGGCUGCGCAGCUAUCCCAGAAGCCAGAACAGCAAGAGGGAUCGCUGCUUUCGCUGCGCAGCGAUCCCUCUUGCUGUUCUGGCUUCUGAGAUUCAGAAUAUUUUUUUUCUUGUUUUCCUCCUCCAAAAACUAGGUGCGUCUUGUGGUCUGGUGCGUCUUAGAGAGCGAAAAAUGCGGUAUUUAUUAUUAGGCACGGAGCCCAAGCGAGGCCCCUUUGCAAGCUGCGAGGCAGAGAGCGAGGGGAGUCUGUGGCUUGUGUUUCUCUUGAGAAACAAAUGAGUGCAUGGGGAAAAUGGAUCGCUCCGUCGGCUGGAGCGUAGGUGCUGAUAAUGUCAGGGUUGAAGGUUUGAACCCCAUAUGGGGCAUAUUGUCCGGGGAACCACCUGCUACUAGAACAUGGGUAGGCAAACUAAGACCCGGGGGCAGAUCCGGACUGUUCAUAAUGUAGGGAUAUUCUUCCCAACGGUGAGCAGGGGGGAAGCGAAGCCAAGCGACAACAACUCGCUAGAAUGCCGUUCGCAGCUCCUGCUCAGGCUUCACGGAAAAAGCAUUCUGGUUCCAGAAACUCAUUCCGACGGUGCAGAUAAAAUUUAACGGAUAGAAUCCUACAGGGUUGGGGUCUUAGGGUGUGGAAACGGUCCAGAUCCAAGGGGCAUCUUCACUUCACAAGUGCCCGAUAAAGGUAAAGGGACCCCUGACCAUUAGGUCCAGUCGUGGCCGACUCUGGGGUUGUGGCGCUCAUCUCACUUUAUUGGCCAAGGGAGCCGGCGUUCAGCUUCCGGGUCAUGUAGCCAGCAGGACUGAGCCGCUUCUGGCGAACCAGAGCAGCGCACGGAAACGCCGUUUACCUUCCCACCGGAGCGGUGCCUAUUUAUCUACUUGCACUUUGAUGUGCUUUCGAACUGCUGGGGGGCAGGAGCAGGGACCGAGCAACGGGAGCUCACCCUGUCAUUGCGGGGAUUCGAACCGCCGACCUUCUGAUCGGCAAGUCCUAGGCUCUGUGGUUUAACCCACAGCACCACCCGAUAGCCAGGUGCAAAAUGCUAAUUUUGAACACCGGCUACACCUUAUCUGCUUCGGCUGUCCUCAUUGUCUGAGCGAUUCCUGCAAAGCACCAGAUGUUUUUGCGACGUCCUUUAAUUGUUCUCCUUUUCCCUCCCUUUUGCAGAGCAACCCGUUUGGUCUCAGAGAAGCUUCCUUUAUCUGCCUGCUCGCGCUUCGAAACUGUGAACCCUUGAAAACUUCCCGGCGGCGCCGAAACCUUCCUUUUUCCUCUCGCCGAACGGGCAGAUGA